AUGGUUCGCAACAUCCACAUCGCCGUGCUGGAUGUUGACAUCCCAGCCCGAGGCCUCUACGAAGCGCGCGGUUUGUGUAGCGCGCAUUUCCGCAGCGUCCUGCGCGAGACAGCAGCGCAACUGAACGAAUCCAACCCCGACAUCGAUAAUCCCAUUAAUAUAACCGUCACACCUUACGAUAUUCGCGGAGGCCACUAUCCGGAGUUCCACCUCAUGCGCGGCCACAAAGUCCAAGAUGGAUAUCCCGUGCUGAACCCCAUUGACGCCAUCCUUAUCACCGGCGGCUCGCCCGGUGUCUACGAAAUGCCGCAUUCUCCUUGGAUGCAAGUGUUGGAGAAAUUCAUCAAGACAGUUUACGACCAAUACACCCAAGUUCGCCUCAUGGGCACUUGCUUUGGGCACCAGCUCAUUUCCCAUGCGCUGGUUCGCGAUAUCAAAGACCCUGUGCGCGACGUUUACGUUGAGAAGUGCCCGCUCGGCAGAGAAGUCGGCAUCUAUACCGUUGAUCUCAACAAAGAAUUUAUUCAAUCGUUCCCGUCUGCGCUCUCACACCUUCCGGAGGGCCGCAUGCGCAUUCAAAUGUUCCACGGUGACCGUGUGAUGGCUGUUGAGAAGGGGGCUCCCGUGUCGCUGAGCGAUACACCACCUGUUUCCCUGCCUGCGCCGUGGAUUAAUGUUGGAAGUACACCCAUCUGCCCUGUUCAGGGGCUUUACAACCCGGGUCGCGUCUUGACCGUCCAGGGCCACUAUGAGAUGGAUGCAUUUGGUUUGAUGAAGAUGUGCAAGGAUGCUGCGCCGACUAUGGGAUGGAAGGAGUCUAAGCUUGCCAUCUUCCUGGAGCAAGUUGGACCUGACCUGCAGGAGCGCCAGGAUGAUGCCAAGUGCUUUGCUACCGCUGUUGUUUCCUUUUUGGCUGACCUUGAGCAAUGA